UUUUAAAUGUCUUGUUUACAAUACAUGUGCACUGGAAAUGCCUUCAAUGUGCAAGAUGCGUAACGUCGUUUCAAAUGAAGACAAACCAUUUUAAAUCGCUAGUUGACGGAAGUGUAUGAUACUUGUUAUCAGUGCACAGUGAUCUAUAUUUAGCCAGCUGAGCGCCCAUUUGUUUUUCACCUGGUUUACUGGCGAGUCAUUGAUUGUAGAAUAUUUGCGUUUUAAAUACUUCAUAUAAUUAGGAAUAUAUCGGUCAACUUCCGCGGAAGCUUCGCCGUUGUGCUAUCACGGGAACGAAUUUCAGAUGAAAAUAGCAUUCAACGUGGAUUAUGGAGAAAAGAUCUCUAUGCGGUACAGACACUGAACAAGACCUAGAUGAUAUAAUACGUGACAGUGACUUCGAGAGCUUCAGAAACACAUCAAACUACAGCUUUGUUCAGCGAGAUUUAGAAAAUGUAAUUACUUCCAUAAAGAAAUUGAUUGACUUACCAGAAUACCAUGAUCAUAUCAGAGGAGAGGCCUGUAUGCAAAAAUUGAAGAACAUCGACAAACAAUUAGAUUUUACAAUUGUAGUCGCAGGAGAAAGUGGAGCAGGAAAAUGCAGUGUAAUAAACUUAAUGAUCGGGGAGGACAUCUUACCAACAGACAUCAGAAUCUCAAGCCCUAGAGUGUUUAGAACGAAGUACGCGGACAAAUUACGAAUAUCAACGUGUGACAGCGAGGACAGACAGAUACAAGUAACAGGGUGUGAUGACAGGGAAGAUAUGGCAGACAAGUUGUCAGGACUAGCCAGCACAAAGGAUGCGAAAAUAAAAUACAUCGACGUUUGGAUUCCAGUUGAAAUAUUGAAGGAUAACAUAGUAAUACUUGAUAUCCAAGGCAUAGAAGACCAGGAUCAGGAGGAAGUAGCCGAAUUGAUUAAGGAUUAUUUACCCAAUACGCUGGCUUUUGUCUUUGUUGUUAAUGGGGAAAAUGCUGGAGAGCAACAUGGUGGUAGGCUUGUGCAGAGAUUGAAAAAUGUGAAAAAGUCCUUCAUUGAAAAGUAUGGAUUUGAUCCGAAAGAUCCGAUUUUUCUAUUGAACAAGUGGGAUACAUUGCCCCGGCAAAAUCUAAAGGGAGGCAUAUUUGUAGAGACGAGACUGAAAUUACACGAUAUUUGUGAAGGAAUUGACGAGCACCAUGUUCUUGAAUUUGUCGCGUCAAGGUUCUCUGACAAUAAAGUGGAUCACAGACAAAUCGACCGGUUCAAAGUGUUAUUGGGGAACAUGAUCGCUAACAAGAAAGUCAGAAGAAAAACGCACCUUGAAUUUGUCAAAUCCUUCAUCGAGUGUUGUGAAGUGGUUCUUAUCAAGAAGGUGAACUUUGGGAGACAAAGUGUAGAAGAAAAUGUCCAACUUUGCAAUCAAUUUUCAAAAGAAUUACACGAUGCUGAGUAUAAAAGACAAGAGGCACAUAAAAAUCUUCAACAAAACGUUGAUGAAUUUCUUGAAGAAGCGGCUAAAACUUUUCAUGACUACAUCCACAGCACUGAGUUCAAACGUCGAAUUCUACAAGGCAUGGAUGAAUAUUCACGGAUUAGGAUAGGAAGUGAAAUCGGCUCUCGAAUAGAGAAAGAAACAUAUCGAUGGCAGCAGAUGAAUAUAGAAAAAAUGUUUGAAGCGACAGUCAUGAAAAAACUAACAGAAAACAUGGUCAAAAUCCAGGAGUCACUGCAUAGAUUGAACUACAAAUUGAGAGGAUUAACUUCCCCUUUCGACGUUGAGAAUAAGCUUCCGUUCGCUCUUGUUUCCUUCUUUGCUCCCAGCGCACCUGCCGUUGCCGGAAGUAUCCUGAUGACCCACCUGUCAGUAAAUCGUAAUGCUGCAAUAGCCUUGGCUGCUACAGGACUUAUGACUGGUUUAGUGUAUUCAGGAUUGGUGAUGCUUGAUGCUAUGGAUGACAAUGAAACCGCCAUUAAAAAUGCGUACAAGGCCAGAGUAGAGAGACUGACAACAGAGAAGAUAAAACAGUCUUUAACUAAAGCAUACGCCGAAGGACUCGAAAACAUAGUAAAGAAUUUUCUCGAGGGAGAUUUCAAGGACGAAAUAGAUAACUUGAAACGGACUGUCACAUCAACGAGAAAGAAAAUAGAUUAUUUCCAAAAGGAGACUUCAAAAUUGGCCUUUCUCUGUUCUGCAAUGUCGAAAAUCAGAAUCGAUUUCAGCAAGAUAAACAAUGCCUGAAUAGAAAGCAUUUUUUUUAAUUUAAACAGUAUCAGAAUAUGAUAAUAAGACAUUCUUUAUUUAGACAG